GCGCUCGAGCUGAGCGUAAUCAGGCCGUUCGGUCCGCGCGCACACCGAUAAGCCUCCACAGAAAGGAAACAAAAACGUCAAAACUCACCGGCUCAUGUCGCUCCACACAAAACCAACGACGAGAAACAGAGCACUGGAUGUUGAUUCAUCACGCCUGGGCCAGCCGGACCUCUGUGGAGAGAAACGUUUGGAAGCCGCUGGUUAAUGGGCUGUGCCGUGGGGCUGAAGCUGAGGAGUUAGUUCACCUCCACAUCCUCGAACCUGCUCACUGAAAUCUCCCAACUAUCUACACGUGGCGCUUGUUUGCCGUUUCAAAUGAUGCUAACACAACGUGUGUAACAGGCGACCAUCUUACUCACCGUUUAACCCACGACUACAAGACUUGGUGUAAACGACUCCGUUUGAGCUUUUAUAUCGCGCUGUAUGGCGGGAAGCGCGCGACGUAAAUUCCAUCUCUGAGGAAAUUUACAAACUUUAGCACGGCCACCGGGUCCGGCAGUGAACCGCGCUCAGACUCGAGCUCAGAUGGACCGCUUUCUCCACAGAAAACAGACUCACUCGGCUGUGGAAGGCAAUCUGAACGUCUACUCACUGGACAGGAUCUCGAGCCCGUGCCGCUGAGUUCCACCGAGGAGCCGUUAAAAGUGACUUCUGGUGUUUUUUUGAGUUUUGCCUCGCGCGUUCAGGAGAGAGCGGCUCGCCUCGCGCGCCCCUUUAAAUGCGCGCUGUCUCGCAGAGGCUCGCGGCGGAGCGGCACCAUGAGCGCGAGGGUCUGGCUGCUCGCGGCGCUGGCGGCGUGCGCGCUCUGCGGUUCAACGGAGAGGGAUCCUCUCCCUGCACCUCUGGCUGACUUGGUGAAGAGCGGCUCUAUCUCCUCCUCAGAAGAACUGCAGCUACUGCUGCUUUCUGACUCCGUAGAUGAUGAUCAAGAGAGUUCCCAUGCCAACAAUACCAACAAUCGGCUGCCAAGGAGUCUUCUGGAUGCUCAGCCAGCGCAGCAGGCCCUGUGUAAGGUGAGGACAGAGGUCAUGGAGGUCACCCGCUCCAUGCUGGACCGCAGCAAUGCUAACUUCCUACUGUGGCCGCCAUGUGUGGAGGUACAGAGAUGCUCCGGAUGCUGCAACACGAAGAGUCUGAAAUGUGUGCCAGUACUUACUCACACGCGUUACCUACAGGUAAUGAAGAUCCAGUAUGCGAAUAAGCGUCCAGUUUAUGAUAAAGCCAUUGUCUCAGUAAACGAUCACGUAGAAUGCCGCUGCCAGCCUGCUCCUCGCCCUGCCCCCCGCAGGAAAUCUCCUGCCCACAAACAGGAAGCAAGAGAUCGCGCAGGUAAACCACGCUAUAAAGAUGAACUCCACCGCCGAGAUGAACUGAAACACAAUCAGAGGCUCCGGCUGGAGGACCUGCUUGAGCCUAGCUGGUUGCCCAGGGAGAAGCACUCUGAGCCUGCUGGAUUUCUUCCUUCAGAUGGCCAAGAGAUAUUCUUUGGACAUGAUGGCAGGACCCAUAAUAAGACACACCAUAGUGGACACAGAGGUCAUUAUCAUGGAGAUGGGAGGAAGCAUAAUGGCAGUUCCAAUGGCACAAGAGCAGGGUCUACAGAGAUACUGACCAUUCCCUUACCCAAUCACACAGAGACGGAAGAGACAGAGAGAAGUUUAACACUACUUAAUGCUACAGGACAGAAAGAGCAGUUUCAUAAGGACAGAGUAGAAUUAGAGAUGCAGAAGAAUACUACAAUAUCUGACCACAGCCUAAUCAGUCAGGCAUAUAAAAAGGGAUAUAGCCUGACUGAAUUAGCCAGUCAGAUCCCACUGCAUGAGUCUGACUUAAGCAGUCAAGUACAAAGGAACGAGUCUCAUUCUCACGUAUAUGUCAAUCAGACGCACAAUGCACCAUCUGUAAGGCACAGCAAUCAGACAUACAAGGUCACUCCUAAGCCUGCAGAAGAGAAACGAGGGGAUGUAUUUAGUCCAGCAGAAGAGCCUAGUGAAAGGGUGAAAGGAAAUGAGACACCAGAGUUGGAGAGGACACAAAAAGCGACAGAAGAAAAGAAGAGCAGCUCCUCUCUGGUUAUGGAGAAACAAGCUUUAGAGGAGGAGAAAGAGGAGCUGCUGCUCCUCCAUAAACUCCUUGAUGAACAAAAGCACAAGCAUCUCCUGAAAACACAAAAGCUCAGUGAACAAGAUGACCAGAAACAGCACCACAAGCAUCAGCACACCUACACAACUACACAACGUACAGAAACCACAUCAUCUGCACCAGUUAAAGUGUCUCCUCCCCAUAAACACACCCAAAAACCUUCUCAACCCCCUCGUCCACCUCCUCAACCCCUCAAGAAGCGAAGAAAACUCCGCAGUCGCAUCAGCAAGGCUGCCAUGAGAGCCAUACUCAUGUAGCACUCACAGGUGAGACAUGGUAAGGUGCAGUACCAGUGCAAGAGAGAUGUUCUUUCCUGAGUAAUGUAAUUUGUUCAUAGUGUGCUUAUCCAUGGAGAUCCACAAUCUACACUACUAAUUCUCAUCCAGUAACCCUGUCCCUGGGAGAAGCCGUGUUUGGUGGACAUUUGGGAACUGAGCUGCUUUUUCCCAUGACACAACAGUGACACUGUGGAGGAGGACGUAACUUUAAACAAAUAGAACAUUUAUCACGGAUUAAUACUGGCAGUUAGACUGGCAAUGCAGUAGUUACUGUCAUGCUCCCAGGUGGAAACAUGAUGUCAUGCUGUGAAACUAAGGGACUGGUGUGAGGGAUGUGUUUUACAGCUCUGAAAUGAAAAAAGACUGAUCUAGAAGCUUUCCCCAAUAGAAAGUAUUAUGGUCAAGAAGCAUUCUGUAAUAGGAAUCUCUCUAAAUGUAAAAAUUGGUUGAGAGGUUUUCUGGAAUUUAAGAAGAUUGGUCUACAAUCUUUAUGGAAUCAAAAGACAGGUCUAGAAGCUCUCUGGAAUGGGGAAGGCUGACCUACAAGCUCUCUGGGUUGGAAAAGACUGAUCUAGAAGCUCACUGUAAUGAGAAAGACUGGCCUAGAAGCUCUCUGGAAUGAGAAAGACUAACCUAGAAGCUCUUUAGAAUUGAAACAAGGAUGGGAGUCUAGGAUGGGGAAUUAUUCUGGUCUGUAAGUAUUCAGGAGUAAGACAACAGGUCUGAAGGUUUUCUACAUUGAAAAUACUGAUCUAGAAUUUCUCUGGAAUAAAAAGACUUCCUGGAAUAAAAUUCUGGAAUGGGGAAGAGUUCUGGUCUAGACAUAUACUGAAAAACGAUAGGUGGGCUAGAAGCACUCUGAAUUAAAAAGGAAUAUCUAGAAGUUCACUCAGAUGAGAAAGGCUGGCCUAGAAGCUUCUUGAAAUUGAAUGACUGGUCUAGAGGUUCUCUGGUAUGAAAAGACCAGGCAUAUAAGCUGUCUGUAAAGAAAAGUUUUGGUCUUUAAACUCUCUGAGAUGGAAAUACCUGUCUAUAAUCUGUAUUUAUGCCAUAGGUGAGAAAGAAAAUCAGGCAGCACCCUGUAUUUUCAUCUGUAGCUGGGUGGUUUGUAUAUGAUUGAGAAGUAGCAGCCAGCAUCAUUUCAUUCAGGUGUGAGUCAGUAAAGGUGUUUUAUUACUCAACUAUUCAAAAAAAAUGUCAGAGCGAAAGACAAAGAGCAUAGCCGAGAAAGAGAGUACGAGAGAUUAGCUACAGCGUCAUUCACAAAACCACCGCAUUGAGCAAAAGUGUUUCCAACUUUUCAGAUUUUUAACUAUGCAGUACUGAACUUUCAACCACUUAAUAGUCACAUAUACAGUACAUAACCAUGAACAGCAUACUGUUUUACUUUAUUUUUUAAUUUAAUUUCCAUAUUAUUUAAUUUGACUGUUAACACUGGAAAUUCACAAAGAACGGAUAAAGGGGUUGCAGUUCUGUUGUAUUAAUUCAGACCUCUAUAAAUAUGAAGGUGCUACAUUAUGAUAAGAAAACAGCUUCACCUUUAAUAUUAUUUAUUCUUUUCAGCUCUCUUUAUCAUUAGUUUAUGUUACUAUUUUCAUGUAUUUUGCUAUGCAUUCUGAUAAAAGUAUGCAUGUAGAGGGGGAUAUGUGUCUCUAGAUGUACAUUUGUGUGUCUCCCAGUGUGGCAAUGUUUGCACCAGACCAACAAAUAAAGAACUAAAACUUA